CCAAAUCCCAGCCAUUGCUCCCCAUUGACCUACAGCCUUGCAACUCGGUCUGCAAUAAUAUUACCUGGCAGGCAAUAUAUCCUAUUUCCCAACUAGAACCCCUCCCUCAAACCCCUCAGACGCGUUUCAAAACCAUCCGCUCAACGCCGACAGACGACCCGAACCGACCGCCGCAUCGCAUUGCAGGGCAACCUAAACCCUCCCCAAACCCAGCUCCAACACUUCCAGCAAUGCCGCCACCUCCCUCACCACCCCCGCAACAACAACCCAAAUUCCGAGUCCUCUCCCCAGAGCUCGCCCAAGCACGUCGCAGCUCCCCCUUACAACAAUCCCCGCCUGCAAGCUCCCAGCUCCACCCGCAACCGCAACCGCAACCGCAACAACAAAAACCACCCCGACCCUCCUUCUUCAGCCACCUCCGCAACAGCUACACCUCCCUCCCGCGGCCUUUCCGCCGCACGUUCCGCGUCCUGGGACCCCUCCUCCCCCUCCUUCCCAUCGGUCUCUUCUUCUCCGAACAUGUUCUCCAGGUGAUGUGGGUGCGCGGGCCCAGCAUGACGCCCUACCUGAACGAGGACUACGAUCAGAUGCAAACGAAGAGCGAUAUAGUGCUUGUGAAUAUGUGGGGAGGGGGCGGGUUGUGGCCGUGGGAGAGGAAGAGGAGGCUGGAAAGGGGGAUGUUGGUUACGUUUCGGUCGCCUGCCAACCCUCGUCACAUGGCUAUUAAGCGCAUCAUCGGAUUACCUGGGGAUCAGAUCACCACGCGAGAACCCUGCAUGAAGGAGACGCAGAUCGUGCCGUUUAAUCAUGUUUGGUUGGAGGGUGAUGCGCAGGAUGCGAGGAAGACCAUGGAUAGUAAUACUUACGGGCCGGUGAGUAUUAGUUUGGUGACGGGGAGGGUUCUGGCGGUCCUGUAUCCGCGGUGGAGGUGGUUGGAUUGGUCGGGCUGGGAGAAGGGGGUGGUUGAGGGGGAUGUUGAACGUAAGUUUGGCGAGAAUUACAGGCAGGAUGUGCGCAAUCGGGUGUUGAAGGAGGCUGUGAAGUUGGAGAGGCCGCUUUUGGAGUAGGAAGAGAAGAUGGAUUAUGUAUUAUUAUUAUUAUUAUUAUUAUUGUUGGAGCUUGUAUGUACAUAGGAUACUCUCUGUCUUGUGUAGAGGUAU